ACUGAUGGGACCCACUGUCUUGGCUUUCAUUGGAGCAGAUACAGGCAAGGAGCAUCCAGCAGGAAGAGUUUAAUUAGAGAUCCUGUCUGGCUGGAGAGUUCUUUAUGCGCCUCUAUCCAAGCAGCACUUUUCAAACAGAGGCCACGGAUCAUGGGAGGAGACUCAGUAGUUUCAAAGAGGACUCUGUUAAGAAAACAGCCUGUUAGACUGAUGACAGAUGAGUACAAGCAGCCUGGGAGCAAGUGAUACUCUAUUAGUGCUUCUGUGACACUGUCUCCUCCCACUACUCUUGAUGGCAUAUAAGCGAAGCUCACACACAGUGGGAGCACAAUCCUGGAAAAGGAGAAUCGACUGGAUGUAGACACUGAGACUCAGUGGCUUUAUUCCUACAACAUCCAGACCUCUAAAAAUAAGGGAAAAAGGAAGAUAUUUUUUACUUGCACAGGUAGUAGUAUUAAAGUUUCAGAACAAACAUGCUGAACGCUGGGAUACUAUUACUACUAAGUUAUUGCCUUAGUGUUGGGGAAGCAUUUACUGCCAAUUCAGAUACAACAGGAAAGAAACAGUACCAGGUCCAGAAUGGGCCAUGCACCUAUACCUUUCUGCUGCCAGAACCACAGGACUGCGGAGGCCCUUCGAGCACCUACACCAACCAAGUGCAACGAGAUGACCUGGUUGACUAUGACAGCUCAAUCCAAAGACUGGAACAACUAGAAACCAUCAUGGAGAACAACACGCAAUGGCUGCAUAAGCUGGAGAACUACAUCCAGGACAACCUCAAACAAGACAUGGCCCAAAUUCAAAAUAAUGCGGUGCAAAACCACACAGUGACCAUGAUGAAGAUUGGGACCAGCUUACUGAGUCAGACAGCAGAGCAAACCCGAAAAAUCACUACUGUUGAGGCACAGGUUAUUAACCAAACAACUCGACUUGAACGCCAGCUUCUUGAGAACUCCAUUUCAACCAGCAAACUGGAAAAAGAAAUUCUACAGCAGAUAAAUGAAAUCAGCAAACUGAAUGAAAAAAACAGUGUCCUGGAGAAGCGAGUGGAGAACAUAGAAGGAAAGAGAAAUACUGAGCUAGAAAACCUCAAAGAGGAAAAGGAACAGCUCAAAAAACUGGUGGAAAAGCAGACUAACAUAAUGAAAGAGAUGGAGCAGCAACUGCUCCAAACCUCCUCUGAUAACUCUGCAAUGAAGCAGCAGCAGCAAGAACUGACAAAUACAGUCAACAACCUAAUCCACACAAUCUCUGUGGGUAGCAAUUCAAUGAUGCAGGACAACCCAGAUCAGUACAAUGACUGUGCUGCUGUCUUCAGUGUAGGGAACAAGGAAAGCGGGGUCUUCUCAUUGACCAUACCCGAUACAAAACAGCAGUUCAAGGCCUACUGUGACAUGCAGACAGAUGGAGGUGGAUGGACAGUAAUACAAAAGCGCUUUAAUGGCCUUGUUGAUUUUCAUCAAACGUGGAAAAAUUACACAUCGGGGUUUGGAGAUAUCGCAGGUGAACACUGGUUGGGGAAUGAAAUCAUCUCUAAAUUGACACAAGAAAAACAAUACGUGCUCAGGAUAGAUCUGAUGGACUGGGAGGGGAAUACAGCCUUUUCAAAAUAUGAGCAGUUCUCACUAGAUGGAGAGAAGCAGAAUUACAGGAUACACCUCAACGGCUACAGUGGAACAGCAGGGAGAACCAGUAGCAUGGGACAGCCAGGAAGUGAUUUCAGCACAAAAGACAUAGACCACGACAAAUGUGUUUGCAAAUGCUCACAAAUGCUUUCAGGAGGUUGGUGGUUUGAUGCCUGUGGACCAUCUAAUCUCAAUGGCGUAUACUACCAGCAGGGGCAGAACACCAAUCGGUUCAAUGGUAUCAAAUGGUACUAUUGGAAAGGUUCGGCAUAUUCACUAAAGGCCACCACUAUGAUGAUAAGACCAUCCAACUUCUGAGCCUAUACUUAUAACGCACAAUAAUUACCGAUGUCACUGCUUUUCUUAUCCUGUAAGGAAAAUUUUGGUGGCUUGACCUUCAUGCACCUCUGAUAAAUGAUUAUUAUUAAGAUCAAGCACUUGAAAAAAGCAAAGAAGGCUUUUUUCUGUGUUAUAUAGCUAAUCAACUGAACACAAAAACAUGAUUUACAACAUAUUAAAAUAGAGCUUCAUCAAUGGACAAGUUUUGUUGAAAUGGACGUAUGAAUACUUGCUGUUAAUUGAAGACAAUAAUUGAAGAAUAACAGCUGUAAAUGGGACACAGCUGUAAACGGAAUUACCUUGAUGCUUCACAGAAUUUCUAAAAUCUAUAGAUAAGCAGAAUUAACUAUUUUCUUAUUGUGAUUAUUUUAUUUGUAAUUAAUAUAUUGUAAAUACCAAAUUAUUUACAGAAAUUGAUAUAUUUUCAAUGUAACCAUGGUACAAGAGUGAUUUAAAUGCAUAAUGCUGAGGACAUUCUUUACAUUUGUCUUACAAAUUGUUGCUCUACAAAACUGUUGUUUACACAUGGUUUAGUGCUUUUGAAUUUCUUAACUGUGGGCAUUUGUUGACAGAUGACCAGACUCCACAGCAUUCCUUAAAGGUUUAUUUUACCCAAAUGGAAAACCGUCAUGUUGUUCCAAAUUAAAAUUUUCAUAAUUUACUCACCCCCUUGUCAUUCCAAAUCCAUAAGACUUUCGUUCAUCAUUGAAAAACAAAUGAAGAUAUUUUUGUGUGUUAGCUGAAACAAUAGCUCUGUAUAUUUAAAGACCAACAAAAAAGUAGCAAAGAUUUUUUCACUAUUUACAGGUUCAUACCACCUUUUUCCUGAAUGCUGAAGUCUUGUCCAACUCAUAUACAUUGAAAACAGAUGGGUGCUCAUUCUACAUACAGCACCCGAUCGGG